CGCGGCGUAAGCAGCAGCGAUCAAACACGCCCACUCGUACACGCGAGACCUGCCCGCUUUCACACGGACACAAAGCGCGCGACCGAGCAGAGCAAGCGGAGAGGAGAACGCAGGAGCAGGAACAGAAGCAGGAGCGAGCAAGCAGUGAGCACCCGCGACCAUGGCUCUGCUGCCGCUGCCCCUGCCCAGCCUCAUAAUCACCCUUCCCCCUCUCCUCUAGACACGCAUCAUUGCGCUCCGCGCUGCACUCCUCCCGUGUCGCCUCUCGUGUUCUGCUCUCCUCUGUUCUUCUCUUCUCUCUUGCUUCCCGUGCCAGUGCACCGCGCGCGCUAGCUAUAUAUAGCCAGCCGAGGCGGCUUCCGUUUCCCGCUUCGAACAGUGCGGCGGCCGCUGCGACGCGACGACAACUGCAGACGAGGAGGCCAUGAACGCCUUCUUCACGUCCCUGGCGCGCGGGCUGGACGACCUCGGCCGCGCCGGCGGGCUGUCGUCGCUGCCGGCGCUGCUCCGGGCCGCGGCGUUGCUCAGGGGGCUGCACUCGCAGCUCACGCUCAUGGUGGGCCAGCUCCACCUGCCGCCUGGCGGCCGGUGGCUCGACGAGUACAUGGACGAGACCGCGCGCCUCUGGGACGCCUGUCUCGCCGUCAAGCUCGGCCUCGCCGCCGUAGAGCGGUACUGCGCGGCCGCGUCAUGCGCCGCCGCCGCGCUGGACGACUGGCUCCUGGACCCCUCCCCUCUCUCCACUCGCCAGGUGAUGAGGGCGAUCUCGGCCUCGAGAAGGGAGGCGAUGGCAGCGGAGGAGGAGAACCGCGCGCUCUCGGACGCGAGGAUCGCGCCGCUCUCGCUGCAGCUCGACGAGCGGCUGCUGCUGCGCGCCACCGACGCCAGGCUCACCGGCUUCAACGGCUUCCGGGGGCUCCUCUACGCGCUGCACAACGCGAGCUCGCUUCUCUUGCUCAUCCUCGCAACCGGCAGCGUCUCCUGCUCCUGCGCCGCCGCAGCCGGCCAGUGCGCGGCGGAGGGCGCGGACGCCGGUGGUGGAUUCAUGGCGUCCAUCGCAAUGCUGCAGCAGAGGAUGGCGGAGGAGGCCGAGGACGCCAGCGCGACGCCGGGGAUCAGGAUGUGCGAGUUCCGAUGCGCGCGCGCCGCUGUGGAGGCCGUGCGGGAGGAGGUGGAGCGCGCCUCCGCGGCGGGCCGCAAGUGUGAGGACGGCGGCAUCAAGGACAAGGUGGAGGAGCUCAAGGCGUGGCUGGACGUGCUCCGGACAGGCACCGAGAACCUGGUGUGCCAGCUCGACGACUUCCUCGAUGACAUUGUCGAGGGUAGGAAGGAACUCUCCGACCUGUGCAGCCACUGAUCGACCCAUCCAUCCGUCAAUCACAUCGCAGAAGCUCACGGUCCUAGCAUAAAGAUCAUCAUCAGAUGUUCACAUGAAUGAAUGAAUUAUGCUUGUUGCUUGCUUGCAUGGUAGUACAAGUAAAGUAAUACUAGUACUCCAUAACAUCGCAGGAGUACGUACUA